AUGUCCCGCUGGGCGCCGGAGAUCAAGGUCUUCAGCCGCAGGAACCCUCGCAAAAACCCUAAACCCCCUCCAGACCCUAGCUCCGAUCCCAAUCCCGCUCCAGAACCUAGCCCCAAAUCCAAUCUUGCUCCAGAACCUAGCCCCAAAUCCAAUCUUGCACCGGAACCAAGCCCCAAUUCCAAUCCCCCUCCAGAACCUAGCCCUAAAUCCAGUCCUCCGCCGGAACCUAGCCCCAAAUCCAGUCCUCCUCCGCCGGAACCUAGCCCCAAAUCCAGUCCCCCUCCGGAACCUAGCUCCAAUCCUAAUCCCGACCCCCUCGCGCAAACCCUAGCCUCGUUCCGCCGCUCGAUUCGCCGCUCGGAGGCCGAGGUUGCCGCGCCGCCGCCCGAUCCGCCUUCCCCUUCUCAUCCUCCCCGUGCAUCGCCGCCGCCGCACGCGGAACAGGGUGGCGCCGCCCUUCCCAACGGCCACGGGGACGACAAGGCCCGGAAGCGCAGGGAGCGGAGCGACCUGCGCCGGCAGCUUGCGUCCGAGCUCGACCAGGUACGCGUGCUCUCCAAGCGCCUCAAGGCGGCCGGCGAGGCCUUGGCAGCCGAGGCCUCCCAGCACGCGCCUCUGGCCGUGGACCCGCCGCCUCUGAUGCUCACUGCCGGAUAUGGGCACCCCCAGUUCUCAGGCGGCGGUCCUCUGACGCCCGUACCGCCCCAGCUCACUGCUCCCGUUCCUUCGGUCCGCUCGUUUCUGCCGCGCCGUCUCAUUGUGCCGGAAGUUCACACGGAACCGCUCGAGAAGGAGAAGCGGACACCAAAGGCCAACCAGCUAUACCAAAAUUCCGAGUUCUUGCUUGCCAAAGAUAGGAUACCGGCGUCGGAUCCGCAUGGCCGGAAGAAAGCCAAGCACCACAAGAAGAAGCACCGUUCCUCGGCGGCGAGUUACAACGCCGAGCAGAGGCUGUAUGCGCAUCCAUUCAAGAAGUCUUCGUCGCUGCUGUCCCGGCUAAUGAAGCACAAAUUUGGCUGGGUGUUUAACAAGCCUGUCGAUCCCGUCGCACUUGGUUUGCACGACUAUUUUACCAUUAUCAAGCACCCCAUGGAUCUUGGCACCAUAAAGGCGCAGCUUACCCGUGGCCAGUACAGGAACCCAAAGGAGUUUGCUAAUGAUGUCAGGCUAACAUUUCACAAUGCCAUGACCUAUAAUCCCAAGGGGCAGGAUGUGCAUUUCAUGGCUGAGCAGCUGUUAGGGAUCUUUGAAGCUCAGUGGCCUGAGAUUGAGGCUGAGGUUGACUAUCUCGCGUCCUGCCCGCCGAUGCAGAAGAAGUUUCCACCUCCCCCACUUGACCUGCGCUUGCUAGAGAGGUCUGAUUCCUUAAGGCACCAGAUGGCACUCGACUCCAAGUCAAGGCCAUUAAGUCAUACUCCCACUUAUCCUGCUCGCACUCCAUCAUUGAAGAAGCCAAAGGCAAAGGACCUAAACAAGAGAGAUAUGACAAUAGAUGAGAAGCGUAAACUUAGCAAUAACCUUCAGAACUUGCCUCCGGAAAAACUUGAUGUUAUUGUGCAGAUCAUCAAGAACAAGAAUCUUUCUGUCAGGCAGCAUGAAGAUGAGAUUGAGGUUGAGAUUGAUAGCAUGGAUGCCGAGACACUUUGGGAGCUUGAUAGAUUUGUGGCUAAUUUCAAGAAGAACCUAAGCAAGCAAAAGAGGAAGGCCGAGCGUGCAAUGCUUGCAAAGCAAGAUGUGGAGUUGCGCGCACUGCAUGCUGCACAACAACCAAGUCAUCAACCUACUAUUGGUGAAAAAUCUCCAAAGCUAAAUUUGAUGGCGAGCGAGCAAUUAGCAACUUCUGUGCCAGAGCAAAAUAAUAAUGGACCAACUGCAAGUAAAUCUAGCAGCUCAAGCAGCUCCAGCAGUGAUUCAGAUUCCUCUUCUAGUGACUCGGAUAGUGACAGCUCUUCUACAGAUGGAUCAAAUGCUGCCAAUUCAUCUUGAAGCAUAGGUUGAGGAACUCCAUCCAAUAGACAAUAACUGUGUAAUUGUAUUUGGCAUGAGAAUGCCUCAGUAAGACUGUACAUGUUUGUCUCGUUUCUUAGGAAUUCCCCUUUAAGUAGCUGCUGGGAUGUUAGAUGAAGACAGUAUUCUACCAAUGCUUGCUGUUCCCCAGCUGAAGAAAAGGUAACUUGGCCCUGGAGUUCUAUAUUAUGUACAUUAGACGCAGUUGGAGCAUUAUGUUUAGAAGGUGAUUGUUGUGUCUGCAUUGACAAGCCAUAUUAUCCCGCUUAUUGAAUGGAUUGGCAGUGUUUCUGAUA